GCUUGUUCCAGUCUGCUUCUGGGGCUGCUGACUGCACUGCUCUCACCUCUUACCUCAUCAAGACAGGUCCUUCUUGCUCUCCCUCUCCUGCUUCACUCUGGCUUCUGUUGGUUGUCUCUCCAAAAUUUGUUUUAAGAGUUCUCUUGCUUUUUCUGCCUAGCCAAAAUUCUUAAAGUACCCCAUCAAAAAAAAGGUUCAGCGGGACUUUGGAAAAAGAUGUUGAUGCCCAAGAAGAACCGAAUUGCUAUCUAUGAACUCCUUUUUAAGGAGGGAGUAAUGGUAGCCAAGAAAGAUGUCCACAUGCCAAAGCACCCUGAGUUGGCAGACAAGAAUGUACCCAAUCUCCAUGUCAUGAAGGCCAUGCAGUCUCUAAAGUCUCGUGGCUAUGUUAAGGAGCAGUUUGCAUGGAGGCAUUUCUACUGGUACCUUACCAAUGAGGGCAUUCAGUAUCUCCGGGAUUACCUUCAUCUUCCCCCAGAGAUUGUGCCUGCCACACUUCGCAGAAGUCGUCCUGAGACAGGAAGGCCAAGGCCUAAAGGUCUGGAGGGUGAGCGACCUGCCCGACUUACUCGGGGUGAAGCUGACAGAGACACAUACAGACGAAGUGCUGCUCCCCCUGGUGCUGACAAGAAGGCUGAGGCUGGGGCUGGAUCAGCAACAGAAUUCCAAUUUAGAGGUGGAUUUGGACGUGGACGUGGUCAACCUCCUCAAUAAGAAUUGUGAAGAUGUGUUUUAUUGAAUAAAAUUUGAGAAAAAAGUA